UCAACGAUUAUGCCGGCGAGAAACAAGGAAAUGCACAGCUAGUAGCCUGACGGCAGCACCUGCCAGAUAUUUUCAAGAGAAAAGAGGCAGGGUAGCACUACAAGAAGACAUCAUGGGGUUGCUGUCAGACCCGAACCGCAGACGAGCUCUUACCAACCUCCUGACUCGCCUGAACACACCUAUUUGUGUGGUGUGCUAUCUAGCUGGUCUGGCCUGGUUCAUGGGCCUGGCAUUUGAGCCUUUCACGUUGAGGACAUACAUGUCAGAAAAUGCCAUGGGCUCCACCAUGGUAGAGGAGAGGUUCCCCUCAGGGGAGCGAGCUCUUGCCACAGGAAGAGAAUUUGCUGCUCACAAGAGGAAAGUUGGGGGGAUGCCUGUUGACUGGCUGGUGAAAACUAUGCAAGCACGUGGCUUAGAGGUGUACACCCAGCGGUUCUCACGCACGCUGCCAUUCCCUGAUGAGAACAAAGAGAGAUAUAUGGUGCACGGCACCAAUGUUUACGGCAUCCUGCGUGCCCCUCGUGCGCCACGCACCGAGGCCCUGGUGCUCACAGCGCCCUGCACAGAAGGCAACAACAACCACCAGGCCGUGGGACUGCUGCUUGGCCUGGCUCACUACUUCAGGAAUCAGGUGUACUGGGCUAAGGACAUCAUAUUUCUUGUGAAUGAGCACGACCUUAUUGGGAUGCAGGCCUGGCUGGAAGCCUACCACCACACCAACAUCACAGGUAUGGACUGGACCCCUCUUCAGGGCCGCGGCGGCUCCAUCCAGGCAGCCCUCUCCCUUGAGCUCAGCACGGACGUCAUUACCAGCCUGGACCUGGUGCUGGAGGGCCUGAAUGGCCAACUGCCCAACCUGGACUUGGCCAACCUCUUCUACGCCUUCUGCCAGAAGAUAGACAUCCUGUGCACCAUCCAGGGCAAGCUGCAGAGAAGCGACUGGGACACCCCGUCAGGCUACAGCCACGCGGCCCAGACCAUGCUGCUGAUGGUGAUGAAGCAGGCCAGCGGGCGGGCGUGGGGCGACCACGGCCUCUUCCUGCGCUACCACAUCGAGGCUGCCACCAUCAAGGGCGUCAACAGCUUCCGCCAGUACAAGACGGACGCCACCACCAUUGGCAGGCUUUUGGAGGGCAUGUUCAGGAAGUUAAACAACCUCCUGGAGCGCCUCCACCAGUCCUACUUCUUCUACCUGAUGCCCUCCCUGUCCCACUUCGUCUCCAUUGGUUACUACAUGCCAGCCUUUGGCCUGUUGGCUGUCAUCCUUCUACUGCGGGCGCUUGAUCUGUGGGUGCAGCUUGGAGCUCCACCUCCUGGGACGGAGGAUGGCGUUGGUGCAGUGGAGCAGUCUUCUUCUGGCCUCAGUGUGCUGUCCAUCCUGACUCCUGUGGUCAUUAGUCACAUGACGGGGGCGGCCCUGUUCACCCUGCCCAUCCUCUCCCAGGAGAUGGCUGUGGAGCACUUCCCCGUGUCCGAGACGGAGGCCGUGGUGCUCACCGCCAUCGCCAUCUACACAGCCGGCCUGGCCCUGCCCCACAACACCCACAAGUUCCUGGCGGGAGAGGGCACGGAGCAGGGCUGGCGUGUGCUGAAGCUGGUGGCUCUGCUGUACCUGGCCGUGCUACUGGGCUGCACCGCACUCAUCAACUUCUCCCUGGGCUUCAUCCUGGCCCUCACCCUGGUGCCCGUGGCCGCUUUCAUCACGCCACACGUGCCCAAGGCAUUUAGUGCGGUGGUCAUGGUCCUCCUGAGUCCUGCCUUCACCCUCCUGUACUGCGUGUUUAUCUACCAAGAGCUCCAGGAGUCACCGGUCUCCAUUGCCGAUGGCUGGGUCCUCUUCCUGUCCGUCAUCUCGCAAGGAAUCCUGGACCACAGCCUGUACGGCUCACUGGUCUACCCUCUCAUUGCCCUCUUCGUCUUCCCAUGCUGGUUACUGUUCUGGAAUAUUCUUUUCUGGAAGUAAAAACGGAGGGUGACCUCCGAGCUACUAGCAUGUGGGCUGGUCCAGGGUCAGCCCCGCAUCCCUGAAUGUCGUCGUCAUGGCGUUUGAUGAUGAUGGGGAGAUGUGCUGAUCUCAGGUCUGCUUUAUGGACUACCAGCCAUCCUGGCUGAAAGGGAAAGUGGCUUUUUAUGAAGAGAGGCUGGAUUGUGGGGUUUUUAAUGAACGUCUUAAACAUCUGUUACCUGUCUGGAGCUCUGGGAAGACAGUAUACAGACUGCACUGAAUGGGUUCAUUUGGUUUUAUUUAAGUUUUUCUCCUUUUUUGGUGGAUUCGUUUUUCUUAAUUAUUUAAACUCACUGAUUGUGUACGCCUGAUUUCAAGAAUGUUGGAAAUGGAUGAGGAGAUACGUUCUGGUGCACUGUGGGAGUAGGGUGCUUUGGAAAAACACAUUUUGUCGAUGCUCUGUGUUUAUAUAUGUAUGUCGUUGGUUUUGUUUGUGUACUAAAAUAUUUUUAUAUUAUGUGCCUGAUCCAUGCCCUGCAAAAAGCCUUUUCACCACAACACUGCUAAUAAAGACACGCAUUUCCACUAUGUCCCAAAGAAACCAUUUCAUUCCUUGAAAUGAAAUUUGACAACACAUUUGGGCUUCAGACAUUCAAUGGCAUUUAUUAAUUUACAUCACCACAAAGGAUGUUUUAGGUUACGUCAAGGAAAUCACAAAUACAUCACUUCAAUCUGUAAUAAUUAAAUAAUCUGCGAUGUAAAAACAGUAAAUCUCAUUUCAGCAUUUAGAUAAUCUGCAAAUACAAAAACACUCACUGACUUACACGACAAUAUAACAUGUAUUCAUUCAAGGUUUUGAAUGGAAAUGUUCCACAGUUCACUUCUCUCUUUCCAGUCACAGUUUCUAGUUCAACAUUAAGAUGAGAGGUUUUAUUUUUCUUGUACCAUCUUCAAUAAAUCUCUCUCAUAGCAAACAUUGCAUAAAAAAAACAAAAUACAACUAAAGGAUUUAAAAUUUUGACCAUGUGCCUUUGAACAUGUAUUAUUCAGGAUGGCACUUGUUUCUCCACCACAGUAUCCUUUUUCAGUUUGAACAGAAACAAAAGGUAGAAGAGACAGACAAGAGACUUCAUAGUUUUACAGAAUUUCACAUACCACUACCUCAUCAAAAUCAGCACAUUCAUUUUACCAAAAAAAAAAGGGGACUGGACAAUGCUAGGAUGGGGCUGAGCUUUGCUACAUAACCUUUUUUUUUUUUUUUUAAUCUGUGUAGCGAGUUACUGAAGGCUUAGCAGGGU